GUAUGCAACGACUUUCAACGUGAUAAGAUGGGGAAAGCAUUCGUUACUUUUUAUCAUUCCUCAAGAACUUUCAUGGUGAAUUUUCGGCUGUCUUCUAUGCAGUGAGUUUUAUUCCAUGCACCGUACAGUGAAGUACUUCUAAGUAAAGUGAAAAUCAGUGUUUCAAUCAGAUCCAGUAUGGCAAGAAGUGGUCACCAUAAACGUAAGUCUAGAUCCAGGAGUAGGAGUAGAUCUAGAGAUAGAAAAGAGAGGCGCCGGCGAAGUAGAUCCCGAGAGAGGUCUCGCAGAUCCAGAAGUAGAAGUAGAGAUAGGAAAGAGAAGAAGAGUACCAAACGUGAUAAGAGUCCAUCAAGGAACCGUAAACACUCAAGGUCUCGAUCACCCCGAGAGAAAAUUCUGAAGAAGGAAGAUGUCAAGAAGGAAAUUAGUAAACCUGAGGAAGAAGCCUUUGACCCUUCCAACCUAGACAAAGAAGAGGAGCAAAAAAGAUUAGAACAAGAAAUGUUAAAACGAAGAGACAGAAUAGAACGCUGGAGAGCAGAGCGCAAAAAGAAAGAAAUGGAAGGUGUACGUAAAGAUAUUAAGACAUCAAUAGCCAGCCUGCAGCUCCCAUCAAAAAAGUGGAAUCUAGAAGAUGAUAGCGAUGAAGAAGAGGAUAAGAAGGAAGAGAAUGGUGGCAAGAAAGAGGAGGAAGAAGAAAUAGAUCCUCUUGAUGCCUACAUGAUGGAUAUCCAAGAAGAGGUUCGGAAAGUGAACAAAAUGGAUGGAACAACCAAAGCAGUUGAUACAGCCCAAACUAAAAAUUCAACAGGAGUUGUCAUUGUUACUGGAGUGGCCAAGAAAAAAGCUGAUACAAACAAAGGUGAAUUGAUCGAGCAAAAUCAAGAUGGAUUGGAAUAUUCAUCCGAGGAAGAACAAGAAGAUUUAACAGCAACAGCAGCAAAUCUUGCAAGAACACAGAAAAAAGAAUUGGCAAAAGUUGACCACUCGGGUAUUAACUAUUUGCCAUUCAGAAAAUCAUUCUACGUUGAAGUUCCAGAAAUAUCCCGUAUGACCGAUGCUGAGGUUGAAGCUUACAAAGUUGAACUGGAAGGUGUCCGUGUGAAAGGUAAAGGCUGCCCACGUCCGAUUAAAACUUGGGCCCAGUGCGGAGUCAGCAAAAAAGUCUUAGAAAUUUUGAAAAAGCAUGAAUAUGAGAAGCCAACUCCUAUCCAGGCUCAAGCAAUUCCAGCCAUCAUGUCUGGCAGAGAUCUUAUUGGAAUUGCCAAAACAGGUAGUGGUAAAACACUUGCAUUUGUCCUUCCAAUGCUGCGGCACAUUCUGGACCAACCGCCUCUGGAAGACACAGAUGGGCCCAUUGGAUUAAUCAUGGCUCCAACUCGAGAGCUAUGCAUGCAAAUUGGCAAAGAUAUACGUAAAUUUUCAAAGUCCCUUAAUUUAAGAGUGGUUUGUGUUUAUGGUGGCACUGGUAUUUCAGAGCAAAUUGCUGAACUGAAACGAGGGGCUGAAAUUAUUGUCUGCACUCCUGGUCGAAUGAUUGAUAUGUUGGCUGCUAAUAGUGGCAAAGUAACAAAUCUACGGCGUGUCACUUACGUUGUGUUGGAUGAAGCAGAUAGGAUGUUUGACAUGGGAUUUGAGCCACAAGUUAUGAGGAUAGUGGAUAAUGUAAGACCAGAUCGUCAGCUUGUCAUGUUUAGUGCAACAUUCCCACGGCAAAUGGAGGCUCUUGCUCGGAGGAUUCUAAACAAACCUAUUGAAGUACAAAUUGGUGGACGAAGCGUUGUUUGUAAAGAUGUUGAACAGCAUGUGAUUGUUUUAGAUGAAGAUCAGAAGUUCUUAAAAUUGCUUGAACUUUUGGGAAAUUAUUUAGAUCAAGGAAGUGCCAUAGUUUUUGUGGACAAGCAAGAAAAUGCUGAUACCUUGCUGAAAGAUUUGAUGAAGGCUUCGUAUCCGUGCAUGGCACUGCAUGGUGGUAUUGACCAGUAUGACAGAGAUAGCAACAUUGUGGAUUUUAAGACCGGGAAAGUGAAGUUGCUAAUAGCCACAUCUGUUGCUGCUAGAGGUCUAGAUGUUAAGUCCUUGAUAUUGGUUGUCAACUAUGACUGUCCUAACCACUAUGAAGAUUAUGUCCAUCGCUGUGGGAGGACUGGCAGAGCUGGAAACAAAGGUUAUGCCUACACUUUCCUAACUCCGGAUCAAGAACAGCAUGCUGGCGAUAUCAUAAGAGCUUUUGAGCUUUCAGGACUCCCCGUGCCGCCCCAGUUGAUCAAGAUGUGGGACUGCUAUCGAGCCAAGCAAGCUGCCGAAGGGAAAAAAGUGCACUCAGGUGGUGGCUUCAGUGGCAAAGGAUUUAAAUUUGAUGAAACAGAAGCAGCAAUUGCUAAUGAGAAAAAGAAGUUCCAAAAGGCUGCAUUAGGCUUGCAAGAUUCUGAUGAUGAAGACAUUGAAGGAGACAUUGAUCAACAGAUAGAGCAAAUCCUUGCGUCAAAACGAACGGUCAAAGAAAUUAAAGCACCAAUUGCAUCUAUAAACCCAGAGACUCAGCAGAUUAUUCAAAACAACCAGCCCAUGACGGAACGUUUAGAGCUUGCAAAGAAGUUGGCUUCAAAGAUCCAUAUAGCUAAAAAUCUAGGAGCCGAGGCCAAAGGUGCCACACAACAAGCGGCAGAGGCUAUUCUCAAAGGAGGAGGUUCUCAGCCGAUAAUUAUGGCAAGAACCGUAGCGGAACAGCUCGCUGCUAAACUCAAUACAAAGUUGAAUUACCAGCCAAAAGAGGAAGAAGAGGUCAAAGAAGAAGAAGUAGAGCAAGUAGAAACAUUUUGCAAGUAUGAGGAGGAGCUCGAAAUCAAUGAUUUCCCUCAGCAGGCUAGGUGGCGGGUCACAUCGAAAGAAGCCUUGGCGCAGAUCUCUGAAUACUCAGAAGCUGGUAUCACUGUUCGUGGCACAUACUUUCCACAAGGGAGAAAUCCACCAGAAGGAGAGAGGAAACUAUUUUUGGCUAUUGAAAGUACAAAUGAGCUUGCUGUGUCCAAAGCAAAGAUUGAAAUCACGCGUCUAAUCAAGGAGGAACUUCUAAAACUCCAGAGCUCAGCGCACCACAUGAUAAACAAAGCUCGCUACAAGGUUUUGUAAGGUAUUUGUCCACUCUUAAAAGUGCGGAAAAUUUGCUACAUUGCCAUUUUUAUGGGAGACUUGGUCAUCAGCAUACUGCUAAUAGAGAAGAAAGCAAGCUCUUCUUUUAGAUCCAAACACAUUGUGUAAGUUUUUCCUUUUUAGCUGGAUAAAAUUCUUUGUAAGGAAUUAACAUUUUUCGAUUAUUUUUGAGGAUUUUUCUGGGAAAAAAAGUUUGAGCAUGUCAUGUGAGAACACCUGGUUGGUUCUUUCUGUAAAGUCCACAACCACAACGUGACAUACUAUAGCCAGAUUUUUCCUAACAUCAUAACUGAGCUUGAAAUUUUGUCUCCAUUUCAAGUUCUUCUUCUAUUUUUAAGUGACUAAUACAGAUUUAAGAACUUAUAAAAUCUGAAAUUCUUUGAAUCGUAUGCUCAAGCUCUUGACUUGUUUUUUAUGAGCCACUCAGUUCUUUAUGUUGUGAUUUAAGAUUUCAGAAGUAUCAAGAUCAGAACAUUGUAAGAGGAGGAAGAGAUUUCUAUUAUAUUUGGCUCCCAAGCUCUUGACUUGUUUUUUAUGAGCCACUCAGUUCUUUAUGUUGUGAUUUAAGAUUUCAGAAGUAUCAAGAUCAGAACAUUGUAAGAGGAGGAAGAGAUUUCUAUUAUAUUUGGCUCCCUAUUAGGUACAAUCCAUUUCUUCAUGGAUGAUGUACAAAUAGUAGAAUGUGAGAUUUUCCAACAUGGUGGAUUUUUUGGUGUAUGCUUUUCAGGUGGAGAGGAGGGGGGGGGAGUUAUAGACAAAACCUUUAAUGUCCGAUAAGUUUUGACAGGGUCAUCAGAUUGAGUCAAACUUUUUUUUUCUCACGGAAGAUCUCUAAAAGACCUACCUUUGCACCCAAUAAAAUGUUAAAAAAUUUGUUGUAUGCAAUUUAUAGUAGGCCAGUAGGCAAAAGGGUGCAGAAAAUUGCAAAAGUUCCAAAACACUAGGCUAUUGAGUAUUUUAAUGUUCCUUCAGUUCCAGUAAGAGGCUCACAACAAAAAGAAAAAGAGAUCCUAUCAGUUACUCUUGGAGCCACUUCUCCUAUGGAGGACGGAAGGCCUAUAUCAACAAGUCCGCUGUACUGUACAUCCACCAUGCUACCAUAUCAUCCCUGAAAAGAAGGAUCAUAACUGACAAGGGCCAGAUCUAGUUGAAGACAGGAAAAAUCUCUUAAUUUAAAGCCAAUGCUCUGAUUGUAGAGAAUAUGCGUACAUUCUGUGUAAAAUCAAAGUCAGUGAUAGAUCUUAGGGAUUUUCUAGAAGCAGUGUGAUUUGUUUACCCUUAUAAAUGUAAAAAAAAGGUAUCCAUUUAUUAACUUUUAAAAGCAAGCAUGUUUUUUUUUUUUUAAAAAAAAAUUCUUUAUGUUGUUGGAUCAGUCUUACUUAAUAUGUAGGGUCCAAAUUGCAAUCGAGGAUCGAUUUUCGGCAUAAUAGAUCGAAAAAACAUUUGUAAAAAAAGUCGAAAUUUUUUUGAUCAUUCUCUUUCUCAAUAUGUAAUUUUGAGUUUUACUGUAACUGAGUGAUUUGAAUUGAUUUCAAACUUUUGCCUUAAAAAUUGAUUGCAUUAUUACAUAAGUAACCAAAAAUAGAUUCUUUUUUAAAGGGGUACUUCUGCAAAAAAAAAAAAAAAAUUCGGCCUCCAAAGUCUUUUUAAAAAUUCUGUUUCUGUCUGCAGAUUAUGGAUUUAAUAUUGAAUUUCAGCAGAAAAAAUAAAAGAUAAUAUUUUUUCCUAAAAAUGUCUCUCAUCUUACAAGAAAGAAGUAUUUAAUUUGCAAGAGAAUUAUAAGAAAAAAAUGUCCAUAACUAAUAUUAUUCAGACAAGGUAUUGGUGCUUUAUUUCUAGCAAAGUCCAUACUAGGCAUUCAAUUGCUGUGUCCAAAAUUUAUUCGAACUAUGAUUCAUAAAAUUUAAAAGUAAAAUCUUUACUUAAAAAUUAAUUGUAUUGUACUGAGAUGUUAGUAGUACUGACACUAAAAAAAUGGUUUUCUCUUGAAGUGUUUUUGUGGAAGAGUAUCAUAUUGAUGUUUUUUUUUGUUUUUUUUUUUGUACAGAUAAAUUCACUUAUAUUCUCAAAAGAAAAACUAGGGGACAUGUCUUGUCCAAAAUUGUACUUCAGGCCAUUGUUUUUAGUCAUGCAAGUCAUUGAUUUGAUUUGGGUGUUUUGAUCUACAUACUGAUGAAUUACCGACUGGUGAAUUUGAACAUCCCUGGCUCUAUCAUAAUGUUGUUUAACAUGUUAUUUUCCAACUUACUUGAUAUCUACGAGAAAAAAGUUUCAUUUAAAACUAAGAACCUAGAAAAAUGCAACAGGACCAGUUUCACAAAGCUAAUAAAUGUGUUCUUUAGGAUAUGUGUUCUAAUGAAAGGAAUCCAAUAAAACUUUUUACUUUGAGAUGAACUGAA